AAAUAGUUGUCUUGAAUUUUUUUUUUAAUAUGUGCCAAUCAUUUAUUAAAGAAAUAUUUUAAUAUAAACCAUGUGUUGUAAUUGUUAACUAUUUAUUUAGUAAAGUUAAACUGUAGUAGUUUUGUGUUUAUAGAUAUAGAAAAAUGAGUUGCCUCAAGGUUUGCAGUUGGCUACCUCGGGUCAAAACAUGCUGCUUUUGCCACACGCUUCCAAUCGGAACGCAGAUAAUUGGUUGGGUUUCUGUGGUGCUAUCACUCCUCGGUUUGACAGCCCAAGGAGUCGCAGUGCACGAACUCAAUGAUAGAAGUUUGUUUGGAACGGCAAUGAUUGGUGCAGUUUUGGUUCUAAUAUCAGGAAUUUUACUACUUGUAGGAAUAUACACUAAAAAUAAUGUUUUAGUACAAAUAUGGUUGGUCAUUGCAUUUUGUACUAUUAUCUGGAUGAUUAUUGAACUUUGCUUUAUACUCAUAUAUUUCUUGGAAGGACAUUUGCAUUUUAACACUUUCUUAUCUUUACUCAUAAGAGCGAUACUAUGGUUGCUGAUCAUGUCAUACUUCCUCGUAGUAGUUUACAGUUAUUAUGACCAACAGUUUGGGCUGUAAGGAAAAGAAACAGAAAGUGAAAGUCAGCAGGAGUCAAUACAGAAAGAAAAUUAUGUCACUUGAUUAACAAUCUUAUAUUAAAAUAUUGCAACUUUG